AUGCUGGAGCAUUCACUGGCCAAGGCCUGUGCUGGCGGGCUCACAGCGUUUAGUUUGGCCCCGAGAGACGACGGAAAUCCAUCUUCAGUCGCUGCCAUUGCAUCGCCGCGAAAGCCUUUGUUCGCUCGCGAAUGCCCGCCUCCUUUCUGCACGCCUACUACUAGCAGCAUCCAUCUCUCGCCCGCCCCCAUCGCCAUCGCCAUCACCGCUACCUCGCCGAGACGAGCUCCUGCACUCGUACAGCACUGUCAAGAACAAUCCGCCACGUUGUCUGGGACGGAAGAGUCUGGAACCGGACCGUCUGAGUCCCCGGAGCUGAUCGAGGCCAAGGUGCAUCACGAGCACGCCGCCACGGCCACCGCUGCCCGACAACAACUGGAUCUCGACCUAGAUCGCGACGCCGCAGAGAACGAGAGUGCUGCCCACGAGGCCGAGCAGUCGCCGCCGCCACAGUACCCCAUCUCGGAGGCCUCGUCUUCCCGCCCUCCGCCAUUCUCGUCGCUCUUCUCGUCGGUCCAAGACCAUCCCAGUGGUGAGGCGUUUGGCAAGUUUCCUGCCGUCGUUCCAGAAGGAAGUGCUUCCGCAUCUGUCGCUGCGCCAGCCUACGGCUACGAAUCUCGCGCCCCCGAGCCCUUUGACCCCGAUCAGGCUGCGGCGCGUGCCUUCCAAGACCCUGUAGCAGAGACCAAGCGUGCGCUCCCCAGAGACACCAAGGGAGAGUCAAGUCGCAAGGACGACGACGCCGAACCGCCACCCGCAUACUCUGAGGGAGACAGUCCUCUCUAUACAUUCUCAUACGUAAUGGCGGCCGCCGGAGGAGCUUCGAGUAUCAUAACUCAGGUACAGCAAGGUGGACCACCUAUCAAUGCCAUCGGAGAUGUCGGCGCUGAUGAGACAAUCACCAUGGACCUACGGGGUACCAGAUUCGUCCUUUCGCGUGAUGAGCUGCUCACUUUGCCCGAGUUUGUCCUGUUAUCUCUAUUCCCCAAUGGGCUAUUUCCAGAAGGCCACAUGAGCGGGUUUCCCGAUAGCGACGCGGUGCAAGUUGACUAUGACCCUGCAUCACUGCAGUACAUGUUGGACUUUUUCCGAACUGUUGCUCAGUCAAUCCCCACCGAAUCAUCGCCGGGCACGUCUCAAGAUGGGGAGAUUGUUCCCCUGGAUCCAAUGGGUUCCCGUGAGGACUCCUCCAAGAGGGCUGGUAUCAUCGUCCUAAGAGAGGAUCUUGACUUUUAUGCAAUCCCUCCCAAGUCCGAUAUCAGCCAACCCGACAUGAUCGAAGUUAAGCGCGCAGCGGCGCGUGCAUUGCUCAAGCAGGAUGGCAUCUUUUCUGGGCUAAAACGAAGCGAUGAACCCGGAACGACUGAAGCUCAUCUUAUUGAGAUGCUGACGGCAGGCGGCUUUAACCACGACGACUGCUGGGGCCACCGGGCUGGCGAACCUAACAAGGCCGUCAUCUGCAGCCUGGCACUCGCUCGAUUGCGUAGCGACAUUCGUGGCAACGAAAUGGGCAACAAUGCCGUCGGCAUGGCUCAGAAGCUGCUCCUGUUCUGGCGGAAACCGGCUAGGCGAUGCUGGUGGGAGGGCAUCGAGCUGGACAACGUCGAAGGCGUCGAGGGUAAGCUCAAAGUCUGGAUCAGGCGAGUGUGGACGUUGGAGAUGAGCGUGAUUGGACUCCGUUGA